GGCCAUGGCGGCGGUGGCGGCUCCGCGGGCCCCUCCGGCCGCGCCGCUGCUCGAGGCGCUCUCGGCGCUCUCGGCUCUGCCCCCUCAUCGCCGAGCGAUCCCGGGGCUCGUCCGAGGCCUCCGCGACAGCGCCGGAACUCAGGCCGCCCUCGGGGGUCUCCUCGGUGUCACCAGUGCCCGCCUGGGCUCCAUGAAGACGCGGUUCGAGGGGCUGUGCCUGCUGUCCCUGCUGGUCACCGAGAGCCCGACCGAGGCCUUCCAGCAGCACUGCCUGGGCUGGCUGCGGCUGCUGCAGCACCUGCUGCAGUCCCAGGACCCUCCCCCCACGGUGGCCCUGGGGGUGUCCGUGCUGCGGGAGCUGCUCCGCUUCUCGGCUCAGCUGCCGGAGCUGGCUCGGGACAUCGGGACCAAUCACAUCCCGGGAAUCCUCACCUCCCUGCUGGCCCUCAGGCCCGAGUGCGAACUCUCCACCCUGGAAGGAAUCAAGUCCUGCCUCUCGUUCUACCCCGGCGCCUGCGGCUCCAUGAGGGGGAAGCUGGCAGCGCAUUUCCUGUCCCGCAUCGACAGCGAGAACCCGAGGCUGCAGCAGCUGGCCUGUGAGUGCUACGCUCUGCUCCCCUCCCUGGGCCGGGGAUUCUCUCAGGGGCUGCGGCACACGGAGUGCUGGCACCAGGAACUUCAGGGGGUCCUGGCCACCCUGCACGGGCUGCUGGGAGCCCUGUUCGAGGGAUGUGAGACAGACCCUCUCCCCUACGAGGGUCCCGGGGUGGAGCUGCUGCUGCCCCCUCCCCAGGACGGGGACGCCGGGGGGGUCCUGACCCUGCACUCGAGGUUUUCGGGGCUCUGCCGGGUGCUCAGGCUGCUCCUCAGUAAGGAUUUCGUGGCCCCAGUCACCGUCCCAGUUCAGGACAUUUUGGAUCUUGUUUGCCGCGCCCUCAACGUCACCACCAAGAACCUGAGCUGGCUGGGGGAGGGGCCGCUGCGGGGGCUGCUCCUGCCCCAGGUGCACCUGGACGUACUGGACGUACUGGGAGCGCUGCUGCUGGCGUGUGGAGCCCGCCUGGUGCGUUGGGGGUCCCUCCUGGGCCGUCUCUUCCCGCAGGUUUUGAGCUCCUGGAGCAGCCCCCGGGAGCCUCCCCCAGGGCAGGAGAGACCCUUCGGGGCCGUCAGGUGCCGCCUGUACCAGGUGCUGGAGCUGUGGGUGCAGGUGGCCGGGGCGGCCUCGGGGGUCCUGCAGGGCCCCGGGACCCCCAGCGAGGUUCUCCUGGCUCACCUGAUCAGCGACAUCAGCCCCCCCAGCGAGGGGACCAAGGUCAAAAUCCCCCUUUUUUCACCCCAAAAUCAUCCCUGA